AUGGCGGCCGUGCUGCCGAGGACCCUGGGCGAGCUGCAGCUGUACCGCAUCUUACAGCGGGCCAACCUGCUCUACUACUACGAGGCCUUCAUCCAGCAGGGAGGCGACGACGUGCAGCAGCUGUGCGAGGCGGCGGAGGAGGAGUUCCUGGAGAUCAUGGCGCUGGUGGGCAUGGCCAGCAAGCCGCUGCACGUGCGCCGCCUGCAGAAGGCGCUGCGGGACUGGGUCACCAACCCGGCCAUCUUCAACCAGCCGCUCAGCUCGCUGCCCGUCUGCAGCAUCCCCGUCUACAAGCUGCCCGAGGGCUCGCCCACUCUGCAGGACCGCGCCGCCAGCGUCAAGAUGCCCAAAGCGGUCGCCGCCGCCUGCUCCGACCCCGGGAAGCUGGACGUGGCGCGGGACAAAGUGUCUGCCGGGUCCCCCCUGCAGGGCGGCAGCGAGGCCCGCUUCUGGUCGGGCCACAGCAACGACAGCGAGCACAGCCUGUCGCCCUCUGACCUCGGGUCGCCGUCCUCCCCCAGGGAUGCCUUGGAGGCUCUGGACGCCGCCGCCGUGCAGUCCGUCCUGGAGUGUGUGGACAGGAUGGCCCCGGGACUCCCCAAGGCAGACUUAGCCGAGGUGAAGGAGCAGCUGAAGAACAACAAGAAGAUGGCUAAGAUGAUUGGACACAUCUUCGAGUUGAGCGACGACGAGCCGCGCAGGGAGGAGGAGAUUCGGAAAUACAGCGCCAUCUACGGGCGCUUCGACUCCAAGAGGAGGGAUGGGAAACACCUGACGCUGCAUGAGCUGACGGUGAACGAGGCGGCGGCGCAGCUCUGCAUGCGGGACAUGGCUCUGCUCACGCGCCGGGACGAGCUCUUCGGACUCGCACGGCAGAUCUCCAGAGAGGUCACCUACAAAUACACAUACCGCACCAGCAAGUCUCGCUGUGGAGACAGAGACGAGCCGUCCCCUAAAAGGAUUAAAACAGAGGAGAACUUCUUUGACAUCCAGGAGGCGCUGCAGGCGAUCCACAUGCGGCAGGAGAUGCUGAGGGAGCAGCUGGCCUGCGCCAAGUCCAAAGGAGAGGAAACCGUCGGACGAAAUCUGCAGAUGCAGCUGGAGCGUCUGCUGGCGCGGCAGAUGGAGAUCCUGCAGGACGCGGCAGUGCAGGAGCGUCUGCAGGCUCUGGACUGGAGGAUCCCCCCCGCCGCCUUAAAGUACCUCAACGGCGCUCACAACACCAACGGAGCCGCCGCCGACGCCAGCAGAGACAACCAAGACGAACGACCAAUCAACCUGCGCGUGGUCAGUCAGAACAUGCAGGAAGGAGACCUCCCAUUGGGCAAGCAGCUAGCCAAUGAGCUGAAGCGCCAUCACAACCACAACCACAGCAACGCAGACGACAGCAAAACACCAGCAACAGAAAACGGGACGUCGCAGCGAGCGUGCAGCAACGCGGAGAAGAAAACCAUCAAGUCAGAGCCGGAAGACUCCACAUAGUGCCUCCCGCCUCGCCCCCCCACCACCCCACUCACACCUGACAGUAUGCAGUUAUUACCCAUCAAUAGAUACUAAGCAAGCACAGCCACAGUAGAGCCUUAACAACCAAUGUUGCCUCAUGAAAAGCAUUUAUUUUUCUUUAUUUUGUAAUUUUGUUUUGUUCAAAGAGAGUUUUGUCUGUUAUUAUACACGUAAUUUAAGAGUGAUCUGUGUGUAUACCUCGGCCUGGUGUUUUUUUAUAUAUUUGUUGCUUUCUUACAGGGGCUGAGUCUGACCACAAACGUAGAUUCAGAGGUGAGAUUAAAGCAGAAAUGUUGUUCUGUUCAGCGUCUUGGGAAGACUUCAUAUGACUACCAUGUAGCCAAAGUCGUAAAGCCUUCAAAAUGAAGCUGCAGAUGCUGCCAAUAUUCACUUGUAUUCCUAAAUAUUUCAAGUAUCUGGGGUUUUUUCCUCAGAUGUUUGUUGCUAAUAGUACUGUAGAGAUGCAAGACUGAAAUAUCUUGAUAACAUUUGAUAGACUGGCACAAAUUGUUACUUCAUUUUGUGAUUUUCAAUAGUUAGCAUCCCAAUUAACACUUCAUUUUUUAUGACUUUACGAGUCAUUUCUAUUUAUUCUACAGAUGUUGCAAGAAAUAUCCAAAGAUUUAGCAGCAUCUGAAAUGAUUUCCCUGAGUCACCCUCCGUCCUCUGAGCCCUCUUUCUCCCAAAUCUAACUUAUUCAUUUGUAUUUGUACUGUAGAAGUUACAAAGUACUGUAUAGGGAGAUUGAGUUCAGAUUCAGCCCCUUUAGCAGGUUUGUCUUUUUGUCGUUCACUUCAAACGGGAGCAGGGGACAGGUGGGAUUUUAAUCCUCCCCCCCCCCCCCUCCUCCUCUUCUGUGUAUAUUUCUGGAAGGUAAGAGCAAGAUGUAUAGGAGCUGUUGUGGAGAAACAGCAGGGGACCUCUGCCAUCCGCCUGGGUAGGAUGGCAUGCCGGAGGCCGAGCUAAUUGCUUCAUUUCACUUUGUAAUUUACAAAAUCACUGCUGUAGAAGGGAAACCACACAUCUGCAAACAGAUUAUUUCAGAAAUAGACAUGCCUGCGGGUUUUAGAAACGAUAUUAGGUCGUAAAAUUCAACUUGUGUGUCAAAUAUUAAGAUUGCAGGUAUGUGGUUUUUGCAAUAACAGCAGAAAAAAAGCAAGUCAAUUGCUGCCCGGGUCUGUAAAUAGUAACAAAUAGUGCUAGCCUAAUCUCUCCACCAGUUCGUAACUUUGUUGUAGAUUUUCGGUGUCAAUACAAGUGUUUAUGUAUAAGCAAAAUCAAGAAAAACUUUAAGUGUCCAUUGAGGAAAAAAUAGUGUCUGGUAUAUAAAAACACUUUACAUGAUGAUGAUGUUGGUUAGCCUUAGCUCUUAACAGUGUUUAUCCACCUGUGAUGGCCAUCAGUGCUUAUUUCAGAGUUUUUGCUGUUUAAAGGAAAACAAAUGAGUGUUUCUAUGUGUUCAUCACGCCGUGUAAAUACGUCUCUUCUCCUCUGACCCCCUGCAGAUAGAUUAGUCCCACUCUGGCAGACCAAUGCAAUAUUUAUGUGAGUAAUAAGUCUAUUAUGUGGAUCCAUCUCUUUUUCAUGUGCUCAGUAACUGUACGUCUGUCACAAAUUACAUGUGGCGGUGUUUAAAGACAUCUUCAUGGGGGUUGUUUUGUUCCAAGCAGCCACUAUGACAAGGAUUUUAAAGCUAAGCUAGCUGGUGGAUUCUGGGGGAAAUCGUAUCAGCCUCGUUAGCGUGCGAUGUCUCAGAGAAUAGCCCUGCCGUGUCACUGAUCCCCUCUUCACUGUUUAUUGUAAAGUGAUAGAUUAGGCUUCACCUAGUUAUGCACCUGUUUUUUAAACACUAAUAUAUUUUAUUUGUUAUACAGCACAUAAACAUUAAACUUUAUUUUUUUGAACUCUA